GAGACUCAAAAUUGAAAAAAAAAAAAAAAAAAAAGGGGGAGAAAAGUGGUGCAUUCAAGGAGGGAGGGAGACUGUUAGCGUGAUAACGAAGCGAAGCUCGAAGAAGAGAGAGAAAAAUGUCUGGAACUCAGGAAGAAGACAAGAAGCCCGGUGACCAAGGUGCUCACAUCAAUCUCAAAGUCAAGGGUCAGGAUGGGAAUGAGGUCUUCUUUCGUAUCAAGAGGUCUACACAGCUGAAGAAACUUAUGAAUGCUUACUGUGACCGCCAAUCAGUGGAAUUGAACUCUAUUGCUUUCUUGUUUGAUGGGCGUCGACUUCGAGCCGAGCAGACUCCCGAAGAGUUGGAAAUGGAGGAUGGUGAUGAGAUAGACGCUAUGCUUCAUCAGACUGGAGGUGCUAUGAUCUAGUUAUUGCCGUACCUCAGGUUUACUAGGUUGAAAAAAAAGUUUAGGUUAUUUCUGAGAUUGGCUUUGUGAAAGACCAUGUCUAAAACUUUAUUGUAACUUGAUGAGUCUAUUUUGAACUUAAUUGCUCUGUUUGAUCUCUGUUUGUCGUCGUGAAUUCUGGAUGCUUGGUAUGUCAUUGCCUGUUAGGGCAUCGCCCCAAAGCACAUCUUAUUAUCUAAACUACAUGGAAACUAUUUUGUAUAUUCUCAUUGUCUGUGGCUAUGGAACCAAAUUCAUUCUUUGUUGUCA